UAUUCUUCUCUAAAUUAUCACAAAGUAUAAUUUAGGACCGUUUACCUGUCUCCGCAUUUUGAUUUUAACACUUCAGGAUGUAUUUCCUGGUGACGUUGUUGUAAACAAAACCGUGUGAUAAGGACCCCAGGCGAGUGUGGCUUUAAAUGUGCCUGACUUAAAGUUUGUUGUUUAGACACCAGAGAGGGGUCCCCAGUCUGUUGCAGACCACAACAGGGGAGCACUGUCGCCCGCGCCGUGCGCACCGUGGCGUCCCUGGAUACCGGAGACGCGCCCUGCCUGUCGCUGCUCCGCUGAUCAGUAGCCACUGACUCUGGGGAAACGGAGAGACCGGUCUGCGCCCACUACAUGCCCGCAUGACGACGACGACGAUGACGGCGGUGCCGAUGAAGCGGAAUGGGGUCGCGCAGGGUGGACCAAUCCUGCACCAUGAAUGACAGGUACCACAAGGCGGCCCGGGACGGCCACCUGGACCUGCUGAAGGAGGCAACUCGGAAGGAUCUCAACGCACCGGAUGAGGAUGGCAUGACACCGACCUUAUGGGCUGCUUAUCACGGCAACCUGGAGGCUCUGCGGCUCAUCGUGGCGAGGGGAGGAAACCCUGACAAGUGUGACAUAUGGGGGAACACUCCGCUCCACCUGGCAGCUGCCAAUGGUCACCUCAACUGCCUUUUCUUCCUGGUGUCUUUUGGUGCCAACAUAUGGUGCCUGGACAACGACUACCACACGCCGUUGGACAUGGCCGCCACAAAGAAUCACAUGAAUUGCGUCCGCUACCUGGAUUCCAUCGCAACCAAGCAGACGGGCCUCAACAACAAGCUGGUCAGCAAGCUGAAGGAUCGGGCAUUUCGUGAUGCCGAGCGACGAAUUAAAGAGUGCGCAAAGAUGCAGAAGAGACACCACAAACGCAUGGAGCGAAAGUUUCACAAGGAGGCUUCGGAGGCUUCUGCGUCUGAUGUCAUGAGUUUUUCCAGUUACACCAGCAGCUCUCUUAGCCACAAGCUGCACAACUCCAACGCAGCUACUGUCAGUGUGCCAUAUUCUCAGGCUACUCUCCACGCCACAAACCGAGGGAAAACAAAGAUCCAGAAGAAGCUGGAGAAGAGGAAACAAGGAGACGGGACCUUUAAAAUCUAUGAGGAUGGAAGGAAGAGUGUGCACUCCCUCUCUGGACUUCAGCUGGGCAACGAUGUCAUGUUUGUCAAACAGGGGACAUACAUGAACCCAAAGGACCGUGGCCGCCGCAACAUUCGUGACAUGUUCCCCAGAGACAAUGACGAUGCCAUUUCACGUGCCAUGAGUGAGCCGGACCUCCGCGGGCCCGAUGUGGACUAUUCUGAGAUCAGCACCGACUCAGGACACGAUUCCCUGUUCAACCGGCCUGGUCUGGGCAACAUGGUCUUCAGGAGGAACUACGUGAGUGGGGGGAUGUUUGACCUUGGUGGUCGGGAUGAGGCCAGUGUGGACUGGUCGGGCAGUAAUGUGCGUUUACGCAGUCGGCUGCAAGAGUACCCGAGUCUAGAUGAAGACAGCAUCGGCAGUGCCCGCAGCCUACAGGAGAGGAACGUGGAGGACCUGCCCUGGGAAGAAGUCGAAUUAGGGCUGGACGAUGAUGAUGAGCCUGAGACGAGCCCCCUGGAAGUCUUCCUAGCCACUCAGAGCAUGAGCGAGUUUUUCUCCAUCUUCAAGAGGGAGAAGAUUGACCUUGAAGCACUGCUACUGUGCUCUGACCAUGACCUUAAGAGUAUCCACAUCCCCUUAGGACCGAGGAAAAAGAUCUUAGAUGCCUGUAAGAGACGGCUGGAGACCAUAGAGGACCCGGACUGCGUCGAGGACACAGAACUGUGAAUGCUGAAACCUUCAGUUAUACAGUGUAGUAAGGAAGUAUUUGAGCAAUUACGUAUUGUUUGUUAUGUUGUCUCUGUACUCCAGCACAUUGGAUUUGAUAUGAAACAAUAAAAGUAAGGGAGUGCCAGCUUUCAACUUAAAAUCCGAGUGUGUCCACAUCAGAUGAACAGUGUGGGACUUGUGGCCCCUUCUAAGGAAGAAGAACCUACAUUAUUUAGAUGCAAGCAGCUUACCUGCAAGUAGUGUUCCCUGCCUCUGCUGCAUUUCCUGACGCAUCACCUGUGUGCUUUGCGAAUGUGCGUGAUAAAAAAACAAAAUGUGGACCCACUCAUAGCACUACUAGUGGUCGAACACUCCAAAGGGUACUUUUAAUAUUUGAUUGCAAAUCCUCUCGCAUUCGGUGACUGACUGAAGUUUAUGACCCACAGACAUCAAAAAACACUUGCUUGCUUAUUUUGGGGGCCCUUUUCCUGCAAGUCUGGUCUUUAUCGUUGAAACACAUGCUCAGUUUAGAUUGAGGUCGGAUGGCUGACUCUGCCAGUCAAGAACAUUCAGCCAAAAAAUGCUUGCCUGGUCUGUAUGUUUACUCUCAAUUUCCUUCUAGAUUAUACUAAAGCUGGAAGAUCAUGUGUGAGAAGCGCUAUGACUCCUGAACUGUUCACUCUCUUUUGAACUCUCUUUUAAGCGAAAAAAAAAGUCAGCAUUAAAGCAUAAUAGCAAUUCAUUUUAAAUUCAAUGUGCUGGAGGUGAUCCAAGAAAUAAAAAAGAGGUAACUGUCUGAUACUUAAUGGACUGCAGAGCACAUGUUGCUUCUUGCUGUUGAGAUCUAGCCACUGAGGAAAUGUGUUGUGAAAAGAAAUCUUCUUCGGUUACAAAUAUUGAUCCUUCUCUUGUUGUCAUUCUGUCCUGCAGAUAAUAAAAGUUGUUGUAGACAGUCCCCUCCUGCUGUGUGCUCAUCCAGCCUUAAAGGUCAGUGGAGCAUUGUGGAGUGAAUGUCACGUAUGGACAGGGAGGACCUAAUGAUUUACCUCUCCUGCAAGCUCAGUGGUAACAAAGCAGAAAGGAUACUGUCAAUGCGAAUAUGUCAAGCAAGAAGAGACAAGUGUGAGACAGAUUCUUAACGGGAUUCUUUUACAGUAUCUUGUUAGCCUCAGGAGGAUCAUUGAAAAUAUCUCUGUAUGUUGGUUGGUCGGAGACCCCUGCUCUGCAUGGUUUGACAAACCCGAAACACAAUUAUCAGAGUGUGGUGCUGUGCAGUGUCACUGUGUGCCAGGUGGCAUAGUUAACAGAGAGUUGACUGUGGGGUCUGUGUCCCCUGAAUUUGUUUGCCCCUGUGGGGUAAAUCCUACAUCCUCAUGUGCCUGCGUUGCUUGUGCCUGUGCAUUUGCUUAAAAGCGUCUUUUUGACAUGAACUUCAUUGUAACUUUAUUAUUAACUGUUGCAAUAACAGCGUUUUGAGCAACAUUUUCACUCGGAGCCGCUCACCUGUUUCCUUGCCGAUACAUUUCAUCUCUGUACAUGUUUACAUACAGCGAGCCGUGUCAGUCCUCGUGUGGCUCACUGGCAGAGAUGGCCAACUGUUCAUUGAGAUCACUGUUCUGAUUUACUGUAGUAUUGUAAACUAUGUGAAAACAGAGCAUCUUUAGAUUAUUUUAUAAUACACAAUAUAAGUAGUUUUUUGUUUUAGGCAUGUUCAGUUCCAUACACUGGGAGAAUUAUAAACCUUUUGUAUAUCACUCAUGUCAGUCUUGACGAUAUGACACACUUCCAACUGUUUGUAUCUUGAGUAGUUUUUUUUUAAAAUAAUAUACAUCUGCACAGGAGCAUACG